AUGGACGUUAAAGUGUGGCUGGCUUGUAUGCUGCUUCUGGAGCAAUGGAGCCCAGGCUUCCACUACAUUGAAGCAAUUUUUGCCUCUCAAAAAGGAGGCUUUUCCUUAAGUGGAGCUCCCCGACCAUCGAAUAACAUCAGAGCACUGGAGCAGUCCAAUCCUGACAUACAUCUUACUUGGAGUAAGCUGCCGACUCAAGGAAAGCCUUACAGCCUCUCCCUCUCUCCUGAGGACUACCACUACUCUGUGCCCAAGCCAAAGCAUUUGCGUACUUCCAAGCUGAUGAAACUUCUGGGAUCUUCCUAUGACGCUUUCUGGAUGUCUCCUGAGGACCCACGAGGUCGGAACCCAAGUGCUGAAGAACUGAGCACCCAGAACCGAGAGCUGGCUAAACAUACAGCCCGCUUUAAGAAGACGCUUCUGCAGGAGACAAGCAGAUUACAGCUUCCCAAGUUGCAGCUGUUGCUGCCUUUUGAGGAUGGGAUCGCUGGUAAUUUGAGCCAGUCCUUCAUUUAUCGUCUACGUCGAUGGCUAGUGGACAGCGCAACCUGUUCUUUAACCUCUUCCUGGGUAGACAUGGGAUCUGUCUUCUGGCCACGCUGGAUACGCCACACACACUGUGAGCAAGCAGGAUGCUCUUGGCCUCCAGGCAUGACUUGCCAACCAGCCCAAAUUACUCACAUCAAACUCCUAGCAUGGCACUGUUGGAUAAAUGGAACCCAGUCUCUGAAUCGCAGAAAAUCUCGUAAGGAAUGUGUUUGGAGACAGAUUCCUUAUCCUGUUGUGACUGCAUGUAAGUGUGCUUGCUCGUGA